AUGGCAUCCACCGCCCCCGUCAUCGACCCCAACCAGACGAUCUACGUCCGCAACCUCAACGAAAAGAUCAACAAGAUUGAGCUGAAGCGUAGUCUGUACUGUCUAUUCUCGGCCUACGGCAAGGUCAUCUCAAUUGUCGCCUCAAAGACAAAACGGGACCGUGGACAAGCCUUCAUCGCCUUCUCAGAUAUCGUCUCUGCAACAGCGGCGCUUCGUGGACUCCAAGGAUUCAACUUUUACGAUCGGCCAAUGGAGAUCCAAUAUGCAAAGACGAAAUCAGAUGCUAUCGCCAAGCUGGAUGGAACGUUCAAGCAACCACCCAUGAAGAAGAUCGGCUCAGGGGCAGGAGAUCAGACGACUAAUAUCUCAGCAUCGGCUGCAAAACGGGAGAGGGAAGCAGACUCUGACUCUGGUUCAGAAAUGUCCGAGUAA